UGGUCUAGAAAAUCCCGCGACCUCGUACGACACUUCCUGCACUUCAGGCAUUCUUUUAUCCGCUGAAUGAAACGUGUUUCAAACGUUUUUGUUUCACAAAAGUAUUAGAUCUAACUAAAUAAACAUGAGCAAAGCACAUCCACCUGAGCUGAAGAAAUUUAUGGACAAGAAGCUUUCGCUGAAGCUCAACGGUGGUCGUCAUGUUCAGGGCAUCUUGCGUGGAUUUGAUCCCUUCAUGAAUCUGGUCGUUGAUGACACUAUAGAAAUGGCUACAGGAGGACAAAUGAACACCAUUGGGAUGGUGGUAAUCAGAGGAAACAGUAUAAUCAUGUUGGAGGCUCUUGAACGAGUAUGAGGAAGAAGACAGCUUUUCCCUGCUUCUCUGUAUUUUUUUUUUUUUUUUUCAUCCAGCCAGCAAAUAUCAAAAUGGGUUUCUCAUGUCGGUUUACAACAAAGACUGAUUAAUAAUGCAGAAAUCCUUGGUUGUUAAAAUUCUGUUUUAUAUAAACAUCCUUUUUUUGUUUUUAUAAAUUGCCUUGUGUCUGUAGAAAUGUGUGUACACAAUUCAUAAAACAUUUUUUGUGAAUAAAUGGACUACAAUUUGAUUA